UGCUAAAACUGUGGGAAGCCAUCUCUUACUUGAGGUCUGCUGGUGUUUUGAGGUAGAGGCAGUGGUAGAAAUCCUCCCUUGAGGAAGGGGGUUGAACUAAGAAUUUCAACUGCUUGCUUCAUCUUCUUCUGUUGAACACUCGGGGCUGCCCUACCAAUGUACCUCCUUCCCUAGCAGUCCACUGAAUGUCUGCAGCCCAGAAUUUAUCUGGGACUGAUUUUAGGCUGUCCGACUGGGAGCCAGGCUGGCAGUUUGAGUUAGCCAGCCCCGUUGAAGCUCAAAGACAUUCCCUUUAGCUUGAUUACUCCACGAAAACGCCUGCACCACCGCCCCCACCCCCCACUCUCCCGCAGCCAGCCGAUCUGAAAAAGAUCCGUGAGGGUACAGCCCCGCCACCGGCAGUGGAGAGUCAGCCACCGAGUUGUAGGCCCCUCUCUGAUUUGGAUCUACCUCCAGCUCUCCCUGGCUACUUUAUUUAUUUAUUUAUUUAUUUAUUUAUUUAUUUAUUUAUUUAUUUUCCAUUGGUAUUGCUUAGGCUUGGGGAGAGGCUGUUUCAUUUUAAUGCCUGUAACAGAUGAUGAGAGGGUUAUUAUCCUCUAUCCUCCGGGAGUUCAGACAAAUUUGACGGACAGCUCUCUUAUCACCCAGAGCCUGUGCAGGGGAGAUGUGGGGGGCCUUGCCGCCUCCUCCCUGUCUGAAGCGGGUCUUUCGCAAGCGGUGGUGCGUGGUCGGAAAGUAUAACAAUAAAAAAAGACUUUCUGAAGCCUCCUUCAGCUUGGAGUGAAGGGUCAAACAGCUUGUCCCCUAUGUCGCUAGACACUCUCCAACUCCCUCUCUUGUCCUCAGAAUAGAACCUCGCGCGGGCACAGGAACCCCUGCGCACCAUGGCCGAUACAGAUGAGGGCUUUGGCCUGGCGCGCACGCCUCUGGAGCCUGAUUCCAAAGACAGGUCUUGCGAUUCGAAACCUGAGAGUGCUCUGGGGGCUCCCAGCAAGUCUCCAUCAUCCCCGCAGGCUGCCUUCACCCAGCAGGGCAUGGAAGGAAUCAAGGUGUUUCUUCAUGAACGUGAACUGUGGCUGAAGUUCCACGAAGUGGGCACAGAGAUGAUCAUCACCAAGGCAGGGAGGAGAAUGUUUCCUAGUUACAAAGUGAAGGUGACUGGCCUUAAUCCCAAAACGAAGUAUAUUCUUCUCAUGGAUAUUGUUCCCGCAGACGACCACAGAUAUAAAUUUGCUGAUAACAAAUGGUCCGUAACUGGCAAAGCAGAGCCUGCCAUGCCGGGGCGCCUUUACGUGCACCCGGACUCCCCAGCAACCGGAGCCCACUGGAUGCGACAACUUGUCUCCUUCCAGAAGCUCAAACUCACCAACAACCACCUGGACCCGUUUGGACACAUUAUCCUGAACUCCAUGCACAAAUACCAGCCCCGAUUACACAUCGUGAAAGCAGACGAAAAUAAUGGGUUCGGUUCAAAGAACACUGCGUUUUGCACCCACGUCUUCCCGGAGACAGCUUUUAUCGCUGUGACUUCGUACCAGAAUCACAAGAUCACACAGCUGAAAAUUGAGAACAACCCCUUCGCCAAAGGCUUUCGGGGCAGUGAUGACCUGGAGUUACACAGGAUGUCUCGGAUGCAAAGUAAAGAGUAUCCUGUGGUUCCCAGGAGCACAGUGAGGCACAAAGUCACCUCCAACCACAGCCCCUUCAGCAGCGAGACCCGAGCUCUCUCCACCUCAUCCAAUUUAGGGUCCCAGUACCAGUGUGAGAAUGGUGUCUCUGGCCCCUCCCAGGACCUUCUGCCCCCACCUAACCCAUACCCACUGGCCCAGGAGCACAGCCAAAUUUACCACUGUACCAAGAGGAAAGAUGAGGAAUGUUCCAGCACGGAGCACCCCUAUAAGAAGCCGUACAUGGAGACAUCCCCCAGCGAGGAAGACACCUUCUAUCGCUCGGGCUACCCCCAGCAGCAGGGCCUGAGUACCUCUUACAGGACAGAGUCGGCCCAGCGGCAGGCCUGCAUGUAUGCCAGCUCCGCUCCCCCCAGCGAGCCCGUGCCUAGCCUGGAGGACAUCAGCUGUAACACAUGGCCCAGCAUGCCCUCCUAUAGCAGCUGUACCGUCACCACCGUGCAGCCCAUGGACCGUCUUCCCUACCAGCACUUCUCCGCUCAUUUCACCUCGGGGCCCCUGGUCCCUCGGUUGGCUGGCAUGGCCAACCAUGGUUCUCCCCAGCUCGGCGAAGGGAUGUUUCAGCACCAGACCUCAGUGGCCCAUCAGCCUGUGGUCAGGCAGUGCGGGCCUCAGACUGGCCUUCAGUCUCCGGGCGGCCUCCAGCCCCCAGAGUUUCUCUACACUCACGGCGUGCCCAGGACCCUGUCCCCCCAUCAGUAUCACUCGGUACACGGCGUCGGCAUGGUGCCAGAGUGGAGUGAGAAUAGCUAAAGGCUGACCUGUGCCAGAGAGGGUGUGGGGAGAGAGAGAGAGAGAGAGAGAGAGAGAGAGAGAGAGAGAGAGAGAGAGAAGUGAGGGACAGUAGUGAUGAGAACCCCGCAGAUGCGAAGCUCUAGAUCGCCCGUUGUAACCUCCAUAUCUGGAGCUCCACAGCCACUGAUAAGAUCAGUGCCCCGAAGCCACCAUUCCAAAAUUGUGACUCGAUGUCUCAGAACCGAUAGGAGAAACAGAAAGAGUGUCGAGUCCCAUCCUACCCCGCGCCCACUCUCAUCCAACCAGGAACACAUACACAGCGCCCCAGACAUGUUCCCCGAUUGUUUCUCUUGGGUUCGAGACCAUAUUGCCUCGCUGAGUGUUGGACCCCGACCGCACGGUGAGAGGCACUCUGUGUCUCAGUGUUAAUGUUGACUUUGUUAUAUAAUAAAUAAUAAUAUAUUUUUUUCCUUUGGAAUUUUCUUACUGGGACCCAGUCCCUUGAAUGGAGGGAGAGCAGAGACAGAGAUGUCUCAAAACACGUACUUUCGGGGCUUCCCUCCGAUAAAUGAGCUAAAAUGUACAUCGGCCACCCUCCUCUAACAAAAAAAUACCUACCUCCGUCAUGUGAGAUGUCUACGAACGUCGCAGGGGCUACCUGCUAGUUUUUGGAUUGGGUUUUGCUUUUUCUCCUUCUGGUUUGGUUCUGCCUUCCCCAGCGUCGUGGAAUUCAGAGUUGCCUUCUACUGAGCGUAUGGAGCUAGGAUGUCGGGCUCAGUCUGACACCCUCACUCCUCAGCACCUAUCGUCCCAGCUCCAGUCUCUCCAGCCGUCUGUGGCUAAAACGGGGCCUAGAACUCCUCAGCCUGGAAACCUUGCUUCGAUAAACUGAAAGAGCCCUGGGUGACACAGGAACAGAACUGUGACACACAGCAAGGGCGCAAGCUCCCGGCUUACACGUUGUAGGGGAGAAGAAAGUGAAAAUAAAUAUACUUUGUAUUAAAAAGAAAAAAAAAUGAACAGUGACGUCAGCGUCAGCCCCAGGCUGGCUCAAACCUCCUCUGUGACCCUCCGGAUACAGAGCAAAACAGCUCCAGGUGCCUCAGGAGAGGAACUGUUACCUGUGCCUCAGCCUCCAAGAAAUCCCCACCCCCAUCCCCACCCCCAUCCCCACCCCCACCCCAGCGCCAAUCACCUGGGACACAAAACCACACGCAUCAAAAGCAGAAAAACAGUAUUAAAAAAAAAGUGUGUAAGUACGACAUUAUUGUAGGGUUUCUCAGAUGUAAUAUUUUACUGGUACUAUUUAUUUAUAAAUAGGAAUUCUAAUUAAGUAGUAACAUGAAACCCAGCCUGGGGGCUGACCAAGACCUUUUAAUUUUAUUUGGUACUCAAAACUGUGUUUGUGCGCUCUCUCUCUCUCUCUCUCUCUCUUUCCUUUCUUGAUUUAAAAAAAAGGUUUUGUGUUUCUUUUCUUUCUCCUUCCUUCCUUCCUCCUUCCCUUCUUCUUUUUUUUUUUUUUUUAAACUGACCCUAAUAAACAGAACAGGGUAAUCUAUGUGGCUGAGAACGUGGAAGUCUGUGAGUGAGUGAGUGAGUGAGUGAGUGAGUGAGUGAGUUUGUGCAUGAGCAUUCUAUGUGAUCUUGUCUUUUUAUGUUGUUAAAGGGGGGGGUUGGGUGAAAAAUCAAGUACUCCUUUCUUACAUUUGUGCACCCAUUAAUGCCUAAUAAAUACCAUGUGCUUAAAAGAG